AUGGAUAAAUUUCCAAAGACUUAUGAAGAAUAUCAAAAUAUGAAUUCCAAUGAUGGUAUAUCAGAGUUGGAGUUUUAUAAGCACGGAUAUUCAUUAUUAUUUGAUUCGUUGGAAGUUAAAAAACAGAAAAAGGAUGUUGAAAAGGCAAUGACUCUAAGUCAAAUUGAGAAGCUGUUGGACAACAAGUUGGCAAGGUUGGAAAAUAAUUUAGUUGGGUAUCUUAAAGUUCAACCACCUAUUAACACAAAAAAGUUAAUCCUGAAGUCAAAUUCUAAUAAUUCUAAAAUAGAAAUGAAUGCUCAUGUGACUGAGACAAAACUAUCAACAGUUGACAGUCAACCUAAGUCUGAACAGAACCGAGGUAGUAUGGUUAGCUGGCGAUCGCCAAGAACAGUUCGAGAAUUGAGAGCUCGUUUAUCAAAAUAUUUUAAAGGUAACAUAGAACUUGACGAUAUUAGAGAAACUUUAACAGAAAGAGAAAAACAGGCUGUAAUUAAUAUCUCAGUGGAAAAUAGAAUCAAAAUAGAAGGUAUUGAGCUUGAGGAAAAUUCAGAGGAAGAGAAUGACUAUUAUAACUUAAAAACGAAAGAGGAAGUAGAGAAAUCAAAACAAUUAUAUGAAAAUAUCAAUACCAAAGCUCAGGACAUAACUAAUACAAUCGAAAAAAUUAUAAAUAACGAUAAAAAUCAAUACAUAAAUAACUCUGACAACAUAUAUGAAUCAUUAAAUUUUAACGAACAAAACACAGAAGGAAACAGCAAUGAGGACGUAAAAAAAUUCUUAAAACAAUAUUCUAUGAUAACUGACUUUAAUAACUGGGACGAAAAAGAUAAACUAAAAUUUUUACCAAUGUUUGUAAAAGGAACUGCGAGCAAUUUCUUAGACAAUUUAAAUAAUUUAAAAACAAACUGGACAUGGAAAGAGAUAGAGGAUGCGUUUAUUGAUCAAUAUCUACCUAUUGAUUACACUACCAUUUUAAAGACAAAUUUAGAAAAUAGGAGACAGGGAGAAUCAGAGUCAGCAACAAGUUUCAUGACUGAGAUCGAAAAAAAUCUAAAAAAAUACGAACUUAUGCAACAUAGAAUUAAUAACAGAGGCCCGACAAUUAACAAUUACACUGACUUACUAAAUUUACAAGUGACUAAAUUACAAGAGUUUCAUAAAAAUAAAGAAAUAAAAAAGAACGAGGAACACACUGAAAACUUAUUAUUAAAAAUAGAACAACUUACGGAAGAAGUUAAAAGAAUGAAUAUGCUGGGAAAGAAUACAAAUAGAUCUGUAGAUUUUAGAGAAAAUAGAUAUUAUGACGAUUAUGAAGACAAGAGUUACUAUAGAAAUAAUGAGACAAGAGGCCGUGAUUAUAAUAGAAAUAAAGAUUACUAUAGGAAACCAGAAUAUAGAUACAAAAGUCCAUACCCAGGAAGAUCGCGAGAAUCAAGCAGGGAUUCAAGAAGAUAUAAUAGAAACCGAUCUUUUUCGAGAGAUAAUCAGCGUAGAAAUAGAGAUAGAUCAUAUUCAAGAGAGAGACCAGACUCACGUGAACAAAGUUACACUAGAGAAUCACAAAGAGAUAAUUAUAAGAGACAAGAUAGUCGAGAUAGACAAAGCAGAUCGAGGACACCGGAACAAUAUAGAAAUAAAGAUAAACAAAAAGAAAUGAGAGGUGAAAUGGAAAAUAUAACGUGUUAUAAAUGUGAGAGAAGAGGACACUAUGCAACACAGUGUGAUAAUGUAAAAAACUAA